UUUGGUAACGUGGGUCUUCACUCCAUGAGGUACCUGCACAGGUUCGGGGCCAAGUGUGUGGGAGUGGGCGAGAUCGACGGAAACAUCUACAACCCCGAAGGCAUCGACCCCAAGCAGCUGGAGGACUACAAACUGCAAAACGGCACUAUUGUAGGCUUCCCAGGGGCAAAGCCGUACGAGGGCAGUAUCCUGGAGGCAGACUGUCACAUCCUGAUCCCUGCGGCCGGAGAGAAGCAGCUCACCAGGAACAAUGCUCCCAGAAUCAAGGCCAAGAUCAUCGCUGAAGGUGCCAACGGACCCACAACUCCUGAAGCUGACAAGGUCUUCCUGCAAAACAACGUGAUGGUUAUUCCUGACAUGUAUCUGAACGCUGGUGGUGUGACUGUGUCUUAUUUCGAGUGGUUGAAGAAUCUGAACCACGUCAGUUAUGGCCGACUCACCUUCAAAUACGAGAGGGACUCCAACUACCACCUGCUCAUGUCUGUGCAGGAGAGUUUAGAGCGGAAGUUUGGGAAACAAGGAGGACCCAUCCCCAUCGUGCCCACCGCUGACUUCCAGGCUCGAGUCGCUGGUGCGUCAGAGAAGGACAUUGUUCACUCAGGCUUGGCCUACACAAUGGAGAGAUCUGCUCGGCAAAUCAUGCGCACGGCCAGUAAGUACAACCUGGGCCUGGACCUGAGGACGGCUGCCUACGUCAACGCCAUCGAGAAGGUCUUUAAAGGAAGUAUUUUGUUGAAAUUGGAAACUGUGUCUCAGAUCACAUGGCCCUGACCUGUGGGGUGCCUCAGGGGUCAAUCCUGGGCCCCCUGUUGUUCAAUCUCUACAUGCUGCCAUUAGGCCAGUUAAUAAGCAGCAAUAAUGUGUCCUACCACAAUUAUGCAGAUGACACUCAGAUCUACGUCUCUCUGGCAGCAGGAGACUAUGGACCAGUGGACUCACUUGGUCACUGCAUCCAACAGAUCAGUGUGUGGAUGCAAAACAACUUUCUCCAGCUAAACUCUGACAAGACUGAAGUCAUAGUGUUUGGUCCACAGAAACAAAGGGACAGUGUCAGCAGUCACCUCCAGUCUCUCUCUCUAAAACCUUCAAAUCAGGCAAGAAAUUUAGGGGUAAUAAUGGACUCAGACUUGAACUUUAACAGCCACAUCAAAUCAAUAACAUCUGCAGCCUUUUACCAUCUAAAAAACAUAGCAAAAAUCAAAGGUUUACUGUCUAAAGCAGACUUGGAGAAACUUAUCCAUGCGUUUGUCUCCAGUAGGUUAGAUACUGUAAUGUUCUGCUCACUGGUCUCUCCAAACGAGCUGUGAGACGCUGCAGAACAUCCAGAACGCUGCAGCUCGGGUCCUUACUCGAACUAGGAAGUACGAGCACAUAAGU